AUGAACUGCAGUCAAUGGGACAGCACUUGCAAACUCGGCGUCAAGGACACGAUGACCUCGAUCUCAAGUGCCACAUCAGCGAAUGAAGAAGUGCGACUCGACAUGGCAGAGGACCGGUCUCCGAUGUUGAAGUUUCCCGUAUCUCCGGGUUGUUUCCGCCCGACCGAAUCCAAGCGUCAGGAGUUUGCGCGUAUCGUCCAAGAGCACGUGAAAAUCUUGCGUGCAGACGAAAAGAUGUACAAAGAGCGUCGGGAUCGAGUACUGCCACUGCUGGACCCGAUGCAGUGGAAGCAGAUUCAAGCAGGUAAAGAGCUUCAUCUGUACAAACGAAAUCGACGAGGUCGAACAUUGCGUGACUUGGAGAACGACGAAUGUCUCCCGGACGUUCGGCGGGCAGUGGCAAAUGGGUAUUCCAGCAUGGUUGGCAAUGGACAAGUGCAAGGGACAAUGGAGGACAUGCUGUAUGGCUUGACUGCUUCAUCGCAAGAAGACUUGAUGACCGGGAUGUGGUACAAAAACCCUCCACGAGAUUGUGUUUGGUUGGGCUCAGUUGAAGGACCGACGCCUGAAGACCCUUUUCACUCGGCCGACGUGAUCUGGCUGUUUCCUAAACAAGCCUAUCAUGCCGAUAUCUGCUACCUCAAAGCUACUGGGAUCGAGAAAGACCAAGAUGGGAAGGCGUAUGGCUAUUUAGUACUACACUCCGUUGACUUGCCACACUGCCGGCCAUUCGAAGCUCGAAAAAUCUCUCGAGCCAAGAUGUACUUUGCGUGUCUCUUUCGAGAGACAACACCGGGACAUCUGGAUGUGAUCGUGCGCGGCAUCUUCGACUUAGGGAGAUGUCGUGGGAAAAUUGCCAAGAAAUUGGUGACGACUGCGACUAAGUCCUUCAUGCUUGAGCUUUUCGACGGCGUUGCGAUCGGCUUGGCCAAGAAACUCACGAUCAUGAAACGUCGCAACCAAAAUGCACUCCAGAGUCCAAUGCAGUCGGGAUGCUCAAUCUGCUUCAAGACCAAGAGUAAACUACUCUUUGGCUUGGACACGCAUUUGCUUCAGUGUGGCGUGUGUAGGACCACCGUGUGCUCAAACUGCGUUGCCAAUACCAAGCAGAUCCUUUUUCUGGGUCCAGAUGCUCCGUGCUCGAAGCACGCGUGUUGCUUGGCUUGUAUGCGGGACGCAAGAAUGAUGCGUGAUGUUCGUCCAGAUGAGCCGGAGUUUCAAGUCAUUGCCGAGUAUUACCUCACCCAUCGAUCUCAGACUGCGCCUGUAUUGAUCAGUCCGGUUCGAUCGCUGUCGUCGUUGACCUCCUAUCCACUGGACACGCUGACUCGCAAACGCAGAAGCGGUCGACAUGAACAUGUCAUGAAAAGCUCUGGGUUUGCAGAUAUGCGUACCAACUCUACAGCGGACGAUAGCAUCGACACUGAUCCGUUCUCGGGGGAGCUUGAUGAAGCAGACUUUUGCUCUAGCGAUGAAGAGCCCGACAGCUACAUUGUGGCCCAACCCGAUCCAAGUCCAGUCAACCUGUCGAGUGAGUCGGACAAGAGUACCCUCACGAUCUGGAAAACGCAUCAUCCAGUGGUCGAUGGUGACUUCAUUCCCCGUAGUACAAGCACGAAAUCGCGUUCAGAGCUCGAGAAUUUGCACCGUACACUCUUUCAACUCAAUAUCACGGCAGAGAACACGUACAUGCAGACACAGGCGACAACCAGAAGUCUACGUGGUGCUGAUCUCGAUUGA